AUGGAGGGUAUCCAGUUCGUGCUGUUCGACAUCUCCGAGGACCUCGUCAAAGCGUGGCAGCGCGCGUUCGCACAGCAUGUCCCAGACGCGGCGCGAGAGCGAUUCACGAUCAUCCACUCCACGAAUGAAGACUUGUCAUUCCCGGCGGACCAGUUCGACUGCAUAGUCUCCCCUGCGAACUCGUACGGCCGUCUCGACGGGAGUUUCGAUUGGUACCUGGCCAAAGAACUGGCCCCGCCAGACCAAUUCGAAGCGCCCACCCAGAUCGCGCAGGCCGUGCUCUACAAACAGUGGCGAGGCUACGCGCCGCCAGGGACGUGCACGCUCGUCCCGCUGAAAGACACCGUCUGCGCGGCCAACAAGUACGCCUGCAGCUACAUCGCGCUCUGCCCCACCAUGCGCAUCCCCGAGAACGUCAAGUGGAACCGCGAGAUUGUGUACAACUGCAUGUGGUCCCUCCUCGUCGCGCUCGACCGUCACAACGCCUCCGUCGCGUCCGCAGCGGCUGGCCGCGGCGGCGCCGCGGGCACCGCGGUCAAGAAGGUCCUCAUGGCCGGGCUGGCGACGGGAGUGGGCAGGGUUUCUGCGGAGCGCUGUGCGCAGCAGAUGGCGUUGGCGGUCAAACACUACGCGGACGCUUCUGAGCAUCCUCAAAAGUGGAGUUCUCUGCGAUGGGACGAUGCGCUCGACUACGCACAGGAGACCAAUGACACACAUCUGCUAUGA